CAUUCGGACUAAACUUUAUCUCUACAAAAACUUCAAUGUUCAUUCCUCCGAGCGAAGGUCACAUCACUAUACUCAAUUUGUUCAUUUUGAUUUUUGACUUUGACAUUUGACAAUUGAUAUUUGACAUACGAACUUGAUGAUUGUUUUGAUUUGAUUCUGAGAAAGUAACCUAAAAACUAAAAAGUUAUUUAAAUACAAACACCAAAAAAAUUGAAUACUGAAAACAAUUAAUUUAAUACAAAUUUGUCUCUUUUUAAUUUUUCUAAUUUGCAUUAAUGACUGUAUACAACUAUGUUUAAGAAAAUAGUUUUACAAACUGCAAUCAACUUACAGAUCAGUAAGCUAUAUAGAUGUUCCAAAUUCAAAAUAUCGAACAGCGUUUUAUGUACGCGACAAAUUCAUUGUGGAUUAUAUUUACAAAAUCCAAGAAAUCCCCCAAAAUCAAGUGACCAUCCUUCCCCAGCGAUAGCCAGCAGGUAUCAAGUUAUAACAGAAACAAACUCUCCAGUUAUAGAGAACACAGCAGAAGAAAUAUACUUGGAAGAUAAAUAUCCUGUUAUUAGCGAUGAAUUUGAUGGAAUAAAUUUAGACCGAGGAAAAAAUGGAGUGUUUGAAAUAGAAGAACUUGUUGACUUACUGCAAAGAGAAAAUUCUAAAGACAUAUUUGUUGCAAGUGUCCCGCCAGAGAUAAACUAUGUUGAACACAUGUGUAUUGUUAGUGCGCGCAGUAAUAGACAUAUGCUGGCCCUAGCUGAAUUUGUAAGAAAAGUUUAUAAAAAAAAAUGUUACAAAAGUGACCACAUACCCAGAAUUGAAGGCAAAGAUUCUGAAGAAUGGAUGGCUCUGGAUUUAGGUAACAUUGCUCUGCAUAUAUUUUCAGAAAAAACUCGUAAAGUAUAUGAUUUGGAAACUUUGUGGUCUGUGGGAUCAGAAUUUGACGAGAAGGCUAAUAAGAACAGUGAUGUUGUGGACAUAUUAGAAAAUUAUAGUUCCUACCUUAAAGAUCUUAAACCACUAGCAUAACACCUCUACAAAAUGAUUUUUUUAUGAUCAACAGUACUUCUGCCCAUGUCAUAUUAUUUAGGCUGGCAAGGUUCGCUAGUGCAUAGUUCAUAUAUCAUAAUGUAGUUUAGAAAGUGUGUUAAUAGAUGCAUCUUAAAGGAGCCAGUCAAAAACCUUUUUAAAAGUAUUGUUUCCAAUUCUAGUACAAGCAGCAUUAAUGUGUCUGUGAAGAGUUUACUGCCUGCAUGUUUUACUUUUACCUGUAGCUGACAACUGCUGUCUCAAUAUUUUAAGUGUAUGUAGUGUAAAAUAUUUAUAUAUAUGUAUAAAAAAAUUACAUAAAUGUUAUAUUAGAAGUGGAUUAAAGCAUGUAAAGAAAACAAAAAUAUCAAUUGAAAGUCUCAUAUAAAAUGUUUAUUUUGCUUAAUUAGGUACAUUAAUGAUACAUAAAGUAUGGACUGCAUAACUUAUUCACAAAAUGUUAAUUGCUUUUAUAAUAGUUCAACUUAAUCAAUUCCUAUAAUAUUGUAUAAUGAAAUAUAAAUAUUGUAUCUUUCACAUGAAAAUUAUUUUUCGAGCAUAAUAAUACAGUUAUCUGUAAAUUAAUAUUCAUCAUUAUUUGAUUAUAAAAUAAUUUGGCAUAAGUUUAUAUAAUUAUUUUUAUAUAUAAUUAUAACUAUGUCAAAGCCUAAAUGCAAUAACUGUUAAAACUAAAAAUAUAAUAAAAGUUGACUAAAGCAUUCAUACAACAAUCACAAGAUCUUUUUUCAGUCAAAUGCACUUGUACAUUCUAAUAGAAGACUAAGUUAAUACUAAGCAGCAUAGUUUUGGAAGCCAACUAUUUCUUAUUAGUGCUUCAAAGUUACAACUACCAUAAACUAAAAUUUAAGCCAAUAAAGAAAAGGGAAACAUAAGUUAUGUAUAAGAAUUAAGUAGCAAAACAACAAAUAUGGAUAUACAAAAAAUAUUGGACCUCAUUUUGCAAGUCUUUCAUUUUAAGAACUAUCAAUAAUAAUAAUUAAUAUUAAACGAUGACUGAAACCUUGUAUAGAA